AUGCAGUGCAUGGCCACACCGCAUGCUCCCGGCGCCUCAGUUCUGUCCGAGAUAUGUCGUGCAAUGGUCAGAGAGGUGAGAUGGUUAACCGAUAUCGGAUUCUGUGCCUCAAAACAUAUUCAUGAUCAGGUUGACUCUCGGUAUCCAAGCCAUUCCUUGUCCAAGCAGACAGCUUCAAAUGGGAGUUAUUCUGUUUGCGAAUCAGCAUCGCAAAUAUUCUCCUCCAGCUGUCCGCCGAGCCAUAGGGACUCUUAUGUAUUUGCGCCAACCGCAGUACAAAAAUCACAACCAUUCCCUAUUAAGUACCUUGAUAUGAGAAACACACACAAAGAAGUACCUGGGGCAUCAGUAUUUGCGCUGAGACAGUCAGCACCCACUCAGUGUGGGGUGAAGAACGUUGCUGGAGAGGAUAAUGGCAGAAGGCAAUUUUAUUCCAGGUUUCAAGCCGGUUGA